CAGCACAAUUGGGAAGCACGGCCUACUUCCUGUGCGUCAUUUUCCAACAUGGCGGCGCCCCACACGGUGGUUGUUAGCACCUGUGACUCGACUCCAAUUUUGACAGAUUCGCCCACAACCGACGUGAAACGACCCCAGUUCGGGACUCGUUUUCUUAGAGACCCUCGGCAGGUUUUCCAGCACAACGCCUGGGACAACGUGGAGUGGACCGAGGAACAAGAAGCAGCUGCAAAAACCAAAGUAGAAGAAAAUAGUCAGCCAUUGCCUCAAGAGAAACAAGAGGACUAUGACAACCGUGCCAACGAGUACUGGAACGACUUCUACACCAUCCAUGAAAACCGCUUCUUUAAAGACCGUCACUGGCUCUUCACCGAGUUCCCAGAGUUGGCUCCGGGUCUCCGCCCCCAAGUCCAUCCUGAGGUCCCAGGCUCAGGCGGCGGUCCGCAGGCCAGUUUGGAUCUGAGUCAAAGUGAUGAUGAAUUUCCCGGUUCUCGUGCCACGUAUCGCAUUCUUGAGGUCGGCUGUGGCGUCGGCAACACGGUUUUUCCCAUUUUGAAGACUAACAAUGACCCAGGACUUUUUGUGUACUGCUGUGACUUCUCCAGCACAGCCGUGGAGCUCGUCAAGGCUAAUCCGGAAUACGACCCGGCUCGCUGUUUCGCCUUUGUCCACGACUUGAGCGACGGCAGCGCCUCGUACCCCAUCGCGGAGGGAACCCUUAAUGUCGUGGUGCUCAUCUUUGUACUGUCGGCGUUGCAUCCGGACAAGAUGCAGGCGUCCAUUAGUAGAUUAGCGCGGCUGCUGAAGCCCGGCGGGGUGAUGCUGCUCAGGGACUACGGCCGCUACGACAUGGCACAGCUCCGCUUUAAGAAGGGAAGGUGUCUGUCAGAAAACUUUUAUGUCCGUGGUGACGGAACGCGAGUGUACUUUUUCACUCAAGAGGAGCUCCAUGAGCUUUUCACCGAGGCCGGCUUGGAGAAGGUGCAGAAUCUGGUGGACAGGAGGCUGCAGGUGAACCGGGGCAAGCAGCUCACCAUGUACAGGGUGUGGAUCCAGUGCAAGUACCGACGGCCCCCGACUCAGCUCCCCAGACCGGAGGAGGAGGAGGAAACCCACACUGGUGAUGCGGAGAGCUGAAGCCAACCUGUUCAGAGACGCUCCUUCAUGAGCCGGAUGCUGCCAUGAUGUACAUCCAUCCAUUUUCUUUAUUGCUUGUCCUCAUUGCUGUCAUUGGGGUGAGCUGGAGCCUAUCCCAGCUGACUUUUGGGGGGUGAUAUACUGGGUACACCGUGGAGUGGUCACCUGACAAACAUUCACACGUAUGGACAAUUUAACCUAAUGCACACAUUUCGGGGAAGCCGGACUACUGGGAAAACAUGCAAACUUCCAACACACCAAGAUUCCCACCUGGCUCUGCAGACUGGGAGGUAGCCAUGCUAACCACUAGCCACGCCAUCCCAUAAUGUCAUAGAGGUACUAUUACGAGGACGGGCUGGUCACCCUGGUCUUCAUGUUUCUAUUCACCACAAUGCUGUGUUUUUAGUCGUGACAUUUUGGAACACAUUGUGCCAUUUUAACCAUUUUUUUUGUACGCAUAAUAAAAAUAUCACCACGUUUACAUAUUAUUUACAUUUAUUGAUUGAUUCAUAUUAAAACGUUUCCAUAAUG